AUGAGCCACUACAACGUUCUGGACUUGUUCCCAAUCGACCGAACUCUAAAAGCAGGUUACAAGCCGUAUUGGCUUGAAAUUGUGCUUGUACCUUCUGGUUUUCGUCAACUAUCGUUGUUCAGGGCGUACGGUUAUGCCAAAGAUAACUGGACGUUGAAGCAGUUGUUACACUGUACUCUGAAAGCUAAGAAGCUGAACUUGACAAACCCAAGAAACAAGACAUUUUACCGUGAAAAGAAACGCAUUUCUGGGGAUGAACUUGUAAAGGAAAACUUGUACUUUUGUUUCAUUGAGAUCGACGAUAUUCUGAAGAUCGGAAAAGGAAUCUGUUUAGAACCUUUUUGGAUUUGUGACAAGAUAACACAUUUUGCGGAACUGGUAUUCGACCUCAUGCCCAACUUGUACUUUGUCCACAACAAAAAAUUGGUCACAUUGCCACGAUACUAUGAAAUUCUGGGUUCCUUCCAUUUUGGAUUUAAAGAAAUAGGUAACUUUAUUCAAUAAAUUAUUACUUUAGGCAGAUUUUUUAAACAAGUAUUAGGUUGAACCAAAAGGAAGCUUGACUUUACCAUAAUUUGACUUAAACAAUAUCAUUUUAGGACCAAACAACAAAAAAAUCACCGAUGGUACAUCGAAAAAAGAUGACACUGCAUUGACUCACCACAAGGAGGAAUCUCAUGCUACAAAAGUUCAAGAAGAUAGUCAGGCAGAAGAAGAAUUGGUUCAAAAAGUCAGUAAAGCUUCAGAAGAUAAAGCCACAGAACCUUCUGUAGAAGAAAAUGUCACCAAAUCAGCAUCUGAAGAAGAAAUUACAGGAUCUACAGAUUUUCAGGCCGAAAAUGAAGUUCAUGUAGAGGUCGAAGUUGUACAAGACGAGGACAAAUUGUAUGAUGUUGAAGCUGUCACCGUUUCUUCUAGUGACUACUCUAAGUCUGAUGAUUCCGAUUCUGAAGACGGUUCAAUUGAUGAGGGAUCAGAAUGUAGCUGUGAACGCUUAGACUGCAGUUGUGACGAUUCAGAAUGCAGUUGUGAGGAUUCAGAUUGCAGUUGUGAAGAUGAAGAUUAUAGUGAUGGAGAAUCAGAAUCCGAACAUUCUGAUUGCAGUUCAUGCGAGUCUGAUUCAGAAGAAGAAGAUCAAUUAGAAGAGCGUGAUCCCCACCCAUUAUACAAAAGAGCGAACGAACGUGUCGAAAGAAACAUCUUGUUUGUCCAUCUGGUUUGGUUUUUCAUUUGUUUUAUUCUUACUUUUGGUUUUAGUGGAAUGGAAGUUGUUGAUGUUGAUCUUGAAAAAUGA